AUGACAGACAUGGAUUGCAAAUGUCAAGUCGAACAAAAUAGUGAAGCAAACGACACGGACAUUUCCCAUUAUUGUCUCGAUGAUUAUGAAAAAUCUUUUGCUCAAAUCGUUGGUUGUAUAGAGAAUAUCGUUAUCAGUGAUGAGUUUUUGGAAAUUCAAAACACAUUUUUCGACAAAUAUUACAGUGAGUUUGUGGACGUUGAAGAAAAUCGAUUGAUUUACAUGGACAUUUUCAAGCAAUAUUUGGACAUUGUUGAGAAGUAUAUUGAGAAGGAGUUAGUUAAAAAUAUACCAGCUUUUGAUAUAAGGAUGUUUGAAAUGGAGUUAAAGCUAAAACCUAAUGAAUUGGAUGGCGAAAUUUAUGAAAUGUUAUCCUCAUUUUGGGAUUUUGCUGUUUUUAAAAAUAUGUUCUUGGAAUAUAAACAAAUGAAGGAAGGUAAAGCAUUGGACUUGACUGGAAAUAUUUGGGUGAAAAAAUACGAUUUUCAAUAG